AUGUCGACAAGUCAGGAAACGCAGCCACACUGGUCCCUCAAGCAGUCGUUUGCUGAGCGGGUAGAGAGCUCGACGCAUCCCCUCACCAGCUACCUCUUCCGCCUGAUGGAGGUCAAGCAGUCCAACCUCUGCCUCAGCGCCGAUGUCGAGCAUGCGCGGGAUCUCCUCGCCCUUGCCGACGAGGUGGGCCCCUCGAUUGUCGUCCUCAAGACCCACUACGACCUGAUCACAGGGUGGGACUACCACCCGCACACGGGCACCGGCGCCAAGCUGGCCGCCCUUGCCCGGAAGCACGGCUUCCUCAUCUUCGAGGACCGCAAGUUCGUCGACAUUGGCAGCACCGUCCAGAAGCAGUACACGGCCGGCACCGCGCGCAUUGUCGAAUGGGCCCACAUCACCAACGCCGACAUCCACGCCGGAGAGGCCAUGGUGAGCGCCAUGGCCCAGGCCGCGCAAAAGUGGAGGGAGCGCGUCCCCUACGAGGUCAAGACGUCGGUUUCGGUGGGCACCCCGGUUGCGGACCAGUUCGCCGACGAGGAAGCCGAGGACCAGACCAGCACCACAAAGGACACGGAUGGGAGGAAGAGUAGCAUCGUCUCCAUCACGACCGUCACGCAAACAUAUGAGCCGGCCGACUCGCCACGUCUGGUCAAGACCAUCUCGGAGGACGAUGAGAUAGUGUUCCCCGGCAUCGAGGAGGCGCCUCUGGACCGCGGCCUGCUGAUCUUGGCCCAGAUGUCGUCCAAGGGCUGCCUCAUGGACGGCAAGUACACAUGGGAGUGUGUCAAGGCGGCGCGCAAGAACAAGGGCUUUGUCAUGGGCUACGUUGCGCAGCAGAACCUGAACGGCAUUACCAAGGAAGCUUUGGCCCCAAGCUAUGAAGACGGCGAAAGCACGACAGAGGAAGAAGCGCAAGCAGACAACUUCAUCCACAUGACACCGGGCUGCAAGUUGCCGCCACCAGGAGAGGAAGCGCCUCAGGGCGACGGACUUGGUCAGCAGUACAACACGCCGGAUAACCUUGUCAACAUCAAGGGCACCGAUAUCGCGAUUGUUGGGCGUGGCAUCAUUACCGCGGCGGAUCCUCCGGCCGAGGCCGAGCGCUACAGGAGGAAAGCCUGGAAGGCGUACCAGGAUCGCCGGGAGCGUCUGGCAUAG